AAGAAUAGGAUGGAUGCAUUGGAGCCUACCGCCUACAACUUUUCUUCAAGGAACUCACUCUAACAACCGCUGGAAAUUUUGUUUCACUCACCCUAUGCGCCUAAAAUAGUAUGCUUGGCCCUCCCCAUCUUCUCAGAUAUCUCUUCUCAUGCCGAGUUAGUUAAAAUAGAAUCCCACAUUGGAACCCGCGCUCUCUCUGGUGGUUUCCGUACUUGCGAAACUCCAGAUGGAGGCCCAGUCACCUCCCUCCAUCUCCAAGCUGGAAACCUCAGUGGACACCAAUUCCAACGGCAUAGUAAACGGGAAUGUGGUUGUUUCACUACCUUCCUCAACCUUGACUGUACCGGCCUCUCAUUUCCAGGGUUUUGUGCCCCCAGCUCCAGAGGCGAAGGAGAGGCAUGCCGUCACUUCCCUUCUCGAGUUACUGGACACGGACAGCACUGAUGGCAGCAGUGAUGACUACAUCGAGUUUGACUUGACCUGCUUUUCCAUAUACAUUGACACCAGCUAUUUCCACAAUGAGCUUCGCCCUCUUCAACACCUUAUCUCCCGAAGCGUUCAGUGCAUGUAUUUCGAUGGUAUUUUGGGACAUGGGGACACUAGGUUUUACCUUCGCAGAGUUCCAUUCUCCAAGUUACCCGUAGGUAACUAUGGUGAAUCCAACCACACUGUUGGCGACCAGAUCUGGGUUCUGUCUAAGCUCAAUGAUGCUUUGGGCAGGAAGAUAUACUACAAGCUAGGUGUGCCUGCGCCGGAGUAUCGAAGAUUCCAUCUUCCAUUCUUAUGGAUAGUAGACCUCUCGAAACAUGUUAUCGACUACUGCGAGCAUUGCCGGGAUCACAACCAUCGUGUCACCCUCAGCGACUUUAAGUCCAAGUUCAGCACCUGGUUGAAGUCGAUGCACGGAUCCUCCACGGUGUUCGCGAAAUGGCACGCUGGCAAUCGCAACAUAGACUUCCGAGUGGCUGUUUCUGCAAGCAUCGAUUAUAUCUGGGAAGAAGCUCAUGGCCUCGAUCCAGAAAUUACAUCUUGGCAUCAUAUCUGGAAGGAAGUGAGGACUCUUGAUUACUACCAACCGAACUUUAGUCCUCACAAGCUAGCUGGGAUAUCGAAGACGAUUGUCACGCCUUAUGUUUAUAACCUAUUCUCUCACAUGGUCUUUGGCGGGAUGCUGGAAUCGAGGCAGGCGUGCGUUUCUGCUGAAGCCAAGAAGAUCGAGUUUGUUCGACAGUCCCAGUCAUCUCAGCCUUCGUUCACUCAACCUGGAGGUCCUCGUAGUACGGCACAGAGUUAUAAAGAUAAGACUAAGCUCAUUGAGAGUAUCAGGCCUGGCGAUGUUAUUUCUACGCUGCCUGACAACAACGCCACUACAGACACGGAAUGGAAACGGGAGUCGUCGAAGCACUCUGAUACAGAGUACCAUUGGUUUGGUCUCGUCCAGAAAGUCCACAUAAAGCCUUACGGAAAGCGAUCGUUUGACGUACUAUGGCUCUACCAGCCGAUCGACACACCUUGUUCAGUGAUGAAAUAUCCCUGGUCAAACGAGCUGUUCCUUUCAGAUAACUGCACAUGUCACCACCAAAUAGCAAAGGUCCAGGGACACGAAGUCAUUUCUACUCAUGAAGUAGAGUGGUUUGGUAGCCCUUCGACUUCUGCAGAGUUCUUCGUGCGCCAGACUUAUGUCGCAAGCGAUUGCAGGUGGAUGUCACUUCGCAAGGAGCACUUCGUAUGCGACGAUGAGACUGCAUUUUCACAGGAACCACAUCAGUCAUAUGUGGUCGGCGAUACUGUAUUGGUCGCGACAAAUAGUAUGCAGCUAGAGACGUUCGUCAUUGAAUAUUAUCUCCAAGAUCCUCAGUAUGCUCGGAUGCGACGGUUAUGGCGACGAAAGGAUGUGGAUAAAGAUGCCCGCUCAGCGCCGCCAAAUGAGCUAGUUUACUCGGAGCAUUUUGUUGAUAUAAACACAAAAAGGAUUGACCGACGAUUUAUUGUAAGGGCGUUUGAAGUAGACGAAGAGAUUCCGCCGCCUUAUAACCGUAACGGAAGUGGUGACGCAUUCUUUAUCACGCAUAAACAGGUACAGGUAGAAGGUGUCACAGAGUACCGCCCCUUGGGUCACACGCAUUCAGAAUUAUUCCGCCAAGGCUUUAGCCAUAACAAAACGCCAAAACUCCGAGGCCUAGAUCUCUUUUGUGGUGGUGGCAAUUUUGGUCGUGGGAUUGAGGAUGGGGAUGCCGUGGAGAUGCGUUGGUGCAACGACUUAUGGGAAGGAGCAAUUCACUCGUAUAUGGCAAAUGCUGACCAUGAGCGUUGUGCACCGUUUCUAGGCUCUGUCGAUGAGUUGCUGGCUCAUGCCUUGAGCGGUGAUCCGAAGGUGCCUGCACCUGGAGAAGUCGAGUUUAUAUCUGCUGGGUCCCCAUGUCCUGGAUUUUCCUUAUUAACGGUCGACAAGACGACGGACCGUCAGCGAAAGAAUCAAUCGCUAGUUGCUUCCUUUGCCUCGUUUGUUGAACUCUACCGCCCCCUCUAUGGCGUCCUUGAAAAUGUCCCCACUAUGGUCAAUACCAGUUCUCUUCGGCACUCUUGCGUCUUUUCUCAAUUGGUAUGUGCCUUAGUCGGACUAGGGUAUCAAGUACAGGUCUUCUUCCUUGACGCGUGGUCGUUCGGGUCUGCUCAAAGUAGGAGCAGAGUAUUUCUUACUUUUACAGCCCCGGGCCUUCGCACGCCGAAGGCUCCAAACGCGUCACACUCUCAUCCUGAAAAAACCCAGCUCCAGAAGCUUGGUGAAAUGUCCUGUGGUCGCCCAUUCGACAGCCGGAAAACAGUUCCUACUCCCUUCAAAUUUAUCUCUAUAAAAGAGGCUGUAGGGGACCUACCAGAUGUGCAGGAUGCCAAGGCAGAUUACUGUGUUGGAUAUCCCGAUCAUCGACUUUCAAUGGGUUAUACACCACAGAUGCGAUUGCAGCUCCAGUAUAUACCAACACAUCCUUACAAGAUGAAUUUUGUCGAGGCAUGGAAACAGGGGAAUGGGGUCAUGACGGCAACAGAACGUCUCUUAUUUCCAGAAGAGGGCAAGGAAAGAACUAAGAUCUAUUCGAAAGGAUGGGGAAGAGUAGACCCAAAUGGGCUUGUUGGUACUCUUUCUACCACGUGCGCGCCGACCGACGCACGAAUUGGGCGAAUCAACCACUGGGAGCAAAACCGACCAAUGACGAUUAUGGAGGCCCGUCGCGCUCAAGGGUUCCUAGACCAUGAAGUAAUCGUUGGCAACCGUGCCGAUCAAUAUAAAGUCAUUGGGAACAGCGUAUCUAGACAUGUUGCGCUAGUUUUAGGCUUGGCAAUAAGGGAAGCCUGGAUAGGAACGCUGCUGGAUGAGGACCUUGGUGCAAACAUGCAGCCUCAGACCCUUACGACCUUGGACAUGACGUACACGGAUAGUUCCGAAGAAGUCUUGACGAUGUCUACGCCAUGUUCACUGGGAACGUUCACCCCAGCUACUAGCGAAUCUACUGAUGUAUCGGACGGCGAGAUACAUCGCAAACGAUCUCAGUCGAUUUAUAUAGAACUUGCCGCCAAGAAACGCCGGUUAAUCACCGAUGGCGGUGUUAUUAAAAUUGAAUAACUUUCAAGCUU